AUGCUGGAAAAGAGAUUGAAAGUAGUAGAAGGCCAAGGAGUUUUGGGGAUGAAUGUUAAUGACCUGGGGCUGGUAGCAGAAGUGGGAGUUCCACCAAAAUUCAAAGUUCCUAUUCUUGACAAGUACAACGGAACAACUUGUCCUAAAACUCAUGUGAAAGCUUACUACUAUAAGAUGUCUAUGUAUUCGAAAGAUGAAAGCUGCAAAGUCUGGACCCAGGGCCCAAAUGAGUAUUUCAAAGAGUACGCCCAUAAAUGGCAUGAAUUAGCUGCUCGGGUUCAACCUCCGAUGAUGGAAAGGGAACUCGUUGAUAUGUUCAUGGGCACUCUGCAAGGUCCAUAUUAUGAUAGAAUGGUGGGGAGUACCUCCGUUGGGUUUUCUGAAUUAGUAAUGUCGGGAGAAAGAAUUGAAGUUGGUCUUAAGAUGAGCAAAAUCCAGUCUACUAAUGCUGGUAGUUCUACAGGAAGAAGUGCUAAGAAACCGUUCGGUGGGUAUCCCAAGAAGAAAGAGGGUGAAUCUAGUGCUAUGUAUUCUCAAAGGGGUCAAGAAAGAACUCAACAAUAA